GGAAGCGGAAGUGCUUGCUGGCGGCGCCCGGGUGGUGGCUGCAGCGGCGGCGGAGCGCGCCAUGGAGCACGUGACGGAGGGUUCCUGGGAGUCGCUGCCUGUGCCGCUGCACCCGCGGGUGCUGGGUGCGCUGCGGGAGCUGGGUUUCCCGUACAUGACGCCGGUGCAGUCUGCAACCAUCCCUUUGUUCAUGAAAAACAAAGACGUUGCCGCGGAAGCGGUCACAGGUAGUGGCAAAACACUCGCUUUCGUCAUCCCCAUCCUGGAAAUUCUCCUGAGGAGGGAAGAGAAGUUAAAAAAGAGUCAGGUCGGCGCCAUAAUCAUCACACCCACGCGGGAGCUGGCUAUUCAGAUAGACGAGGUCCUGUCCCACUUCACGAAGGCUUUCCCACAGUUCAGCCAGAUCCUCUGGAUUGGAGGCAGGAAUCCUGGAGAGGAUGUUGCGAGGUUUAAGGAGCACGGUGGAAACAUCAUUGUGGCGACCCCCGGCCGCCUGGAGGACAUGUUCCGAAGGAAGGCCGAGGGCCUGGACCUGGCCAGCUGCGUCAGGUCCCUGGACGUCCUGGUGUUGGAUGAAGCGGACAGACUUCUGGACAUGGGGUUUGAGGCCAGUAUAAACACCAUCCUGGAGUUUUUGCCAAAGCAGAGGAGAACGGGCCUUUUCUCGGCCACUCAGACGCAGGAGGUGGAGAACCUGGUGAGAGCAGGCCUGCGGAACCCCGUGCGCAUCUCGGUGAAGGAGAAGGGCGCCGCGGCCAGCAGCACCCAGAAAACCCCUUCCCGCCUAGAGAACUACUACAUGGUGAGCAUGGGGCGUUCUCGCUGGAACAGAUGUGUGCAUGCUUUGGACUCCAAUGGCUCUAAGCCCUCUCGCCCCUCUUGCAGCACGUGCGCCUGUGUGGAGUACUAUGGAAAGGCCCUGGAGGCCCUGGUGAAGGGCGUGAAGAUAAUGUGCAUUCACGGAAAGAUGAAAUACAAGCGCAACAAGAUCUUCAUGGAGUUCCGCAAACUGCAGAGUGGGAUCUUGGUGUGCACUGACGUGAUGGCCCGGGGAAUAGACAUUCCCGAAGUCAACUGGGUGCUGCAGUACGACCCUCCCAGCAGUGCAAGCGCCUUUGUGCAUCGCUGUGGCCGCACAGCCCGCAUCGGCCACGGCGGCAGUGCGCUAGUGUUCCUCCUGCCCAUGGAAGAGUCGUACGUCAGCUUCCUUGCCAUUAACCAGAAAUGCCCCCUGCAGGAGAUGAAACUCCAGAAAAACACAGCGGACCUCCUUCCAAAGCUCAAGUCCAUGGCCCUGGCUGACAGAGCUGUGUUUGAAAAGGGCAUGAAAGCUUUUGUGUCAUACGUCCAGGCUUAUGUGAAGCACGAAUGCAGCCUCAUCUUCAGAUUAAAGGAUCUUGAUUUUGCUAGUCUUGCUCGAGGUUUUGCCCUGCUGAGGAUGCCCAAGAUGCCAGAGCUGAGAGGAAAGCAGUUUCCAGAUUUCGUGCCCGUGGAUGUCAAUACAGACACCAUUCCAUUUAAAGAUAAAAUCAGAGAAAAGCAGAGGCAGAAGCUACUGGAGCAACAAAGAAAAGAGAAAACAGAAAAUGAAGGGAGGAAAAAGUUCAUAAAAAAUAAAGCUUGGUCAAAGCAGAAGGCCAAAAAGGAAAAGAAGAAGAAAAUGAAUGAAAAAAGGAAAAAGGAAGAGGGUUCUGACAUUGAAGAUGAGGACAUGGAGGAACUGCUUAAUGACACAAGGCUCUUGAAAAAGUUUAAAAAAGGCAAAAUUACUGAAGAAGAAUUUGAGAAGGGGCUGUUGACAAGUGGCAAAAGAUCAGUCAAGACAGCAGAUUUGGGGACGUCAGAUGCGGAGGAUGACGGCUGACUCCCGCCCCUCACGUGACAGGCUGGGGGGCGGGGGACACGACGGGGACAGAGAGCGGGCCCCACCCUCGCGGCCGGCCGGCGUUUGCUGUCUCUGAAAAUCAAAACUUCAGGAGACUCCCGAGAAGAAUCGCCUCUCCGAAAGCUGUCGCUUCAGACUGGGGAGGUAUGAGGGCUGCACACUCGUGUUUUACUAAAAAUGCACUGGCUUUGAAGAAGCCUGGCAGAAGAGAAAGUGGGAUUCUUUGGGUGUAAAUAAUAGAUGUCAGUAUUUAUUUUGAUGGGUCACUUAGAAUUAAAGAGCUCAUUUUUUGGGUGA